AGUCACCACCCACACCACACAACAACACAACAUUGUUGACAUAACAUAACUUCCCUUUCAAGUCCAAUCCUAUUUUAACUUUCAUUAUUUAUUCUCUCCCAAUUCCCCAUAAUUUUUUUUUUCCAACACAUUUUUUCACACAACUUUUGCACAACUCCAAAAACCACACACACAUUUUGCUCUCUCUCCCUCUCUCAAGUAACUAUUAUUUGUAAUGAUCGUAAAGUUAUUGUCUUUUGAGUAAUGGGUUCUUGUGCUUCAGUUCAAAGAAAAAAAAACACAGAAAACAUGAAGCUAAGUGUUUCAAUUUUGGGGUCAAAAACUGAGAAACUUGUGAUUCCUCCAUCACCCAUCAAAGAACAACCCAAAAAUGGUAACUUUAUUUGGUCACCUUCUCGGUCAACGACCAAUUUCACUGACUAUGGUAGCAAAGAGGAAGCAUUUUUUGAUUCCAAACCUUGGAUAGACUCAGAUUGUGAAGAUGAUUUCUAUAGUGUCAAUGGUGACUUUACACCAUCUAGAGGUAACACUCCAAUUCACCACAAUUUUGGGACCCCAAAUGUGAAUAAAAUCUUUUCUCAGAAUAGAACUUCUGAUUCUCCAUCUGAAUCAUCAUCACCAGAUAAGAAAAAGAAACUGUUAGAGUUUUUCAAAGAAAGUCUCAAAGAUAACACAAAUGAUGAAGGUAAAGAAAAGAAAGAACUGAAAACAACUAUACAAGAUGUUCUUCCUAAAUCUUCACACUCAACUCCCUAUCUCUCGGGAGUUAACUCGGCUUGCAGCAGCGAAAGAAUCAUGAGCGAGGAUCGCGCAUGGGUUAGAGAGAAAUCGCCUAAAUCUUUGAUGUUUUGCAUUCCGAGCUUGUCUUCAUGUCGCAGCUUUCGAGAAAGAAGAAGGAGGACAAGUCCUGCGAUUGCGGUAAAUGGAAGCAAUUAAAUUAUAUUGCGAUGCGAUGAAACCAUGUUCUUUGGUUUUUCUUUAAGCUAAAGUGGUUCAAAUGAAUUCUAUCAUGUACAUCAAUAAUCAAUAUCCCUAUGUAAGGAACCAUAUAAACUCAUAUGAGUUUGAAAGCAUGUAAACAUCAAUGGAAGAGGUUUAUAUAUCAAAAUGUUAUAUGUUACCAGUUUUUUUUUU